UAUAGCAUAGGAAUUGAAUACACAAGACAACACAAAUGGCUAUGUCUAAAAGUGAUGCCUUACAAAUCUGUGAUAAGCUUGAGGAAUUACUUUCUUGCGCCGUCUGCUUUGGUGUCCUGGAGAAUGCCAGGGAUCUACCUUGUGGCCAUUCAUUCUGCUUAUCGUGUUUACAGGAAUAUGCUGGCAUUAGAGGAUGGACAGAUUCUGCCAAUUGUGGCCUUUGCCAGAGGACCCAUCAGUUACCACCCGGAGGCUUGGCGGCCCUUCCGCAGAAUUUUAAGCUCAAGUCUAUCAUCGAGGAAUUGGAAGGAUGGCAGAAGCUGGCCGAAUCUGCUAGCAAGGCCAAGGAAGAGACAAAAAAGAUGGCAGUCGGUAGAGCUAAUCACCUCCCUUCCCACACCGGUACGAGGAUAGGUAGCUUUGGUACUACUCAGCAGAUUCCACAGAACAAGACUCCAGAGAUUCCAAGUGCGCAUCAAAAUAGACAACAAACUCAACAAGUAAACAAAAGACAGACGAGUCCUAUACCUCCAGCUCAAAGUAGAUGGCGCACCAUUAACUUUGGGGAAGCCUUGCAGCAACAAACUCAGCAACAUAACCAACAACCCAUGGUGAAUCGUCCAACUUCACAUAUUCCAAGUAGACGUCAAACUAGCCCCUUGGAAGUCCUCCAUCAACAAACCAUGCAAGAAAACCAACAACAACAACAACAACAGCAGCAGGGAGUAGUGAAUCGUCCAACAUUACAGAUUCCAAGUAGACGGCAAACUAGCCCCUUGGAAGCCCUCCAUCAACAAACCAUGCAAGAAAACCAACAACAACAACAACAGCAGCGAGUAGUGAAUCGUACAACUUCACAGAUUCCAAGUAGAUGGCAAACUAGCCCCUUGGACGUCCUCCAACAAACCAUGAAAGAAAACCACCAACAACAACAAAAACAACAACAACGGGAGGGAGUAGUGAAUCGUACAACUUCACAGAUUGCAAGUAGAUGGCAAACUAGCCCCUUGGACGUCCUCCAACAAACCAUGCAAGAAAACCUACAACAACAACAGCAGCAGCAGGGAGUAGUGAAUUGUCCAACUUCACAGAUUCCAAGUAGACGGCAAACUAACCCCUUGAAGGCCUCCUGCAAACCAUGAAAGAAAACCUACAACAACAACGGGAGGGAGUAGUGAAUAGUACAACUUCACAGAUUCCAAGUAGAUGGCAAACUAGCCCCUUGGAAGUCCUCCAA